GGUGCCGCCGCGGGAGCGCCGCCGGUAACGGGAGGGGGACUCAACCUGGGCCUGGCGGGCGCCGUUCGAGCCGGGAGGAUGAGCCGGUUCCUGAACGUGCUGCGCAGCUGGCUGGUGAUGGUGUCGGUCAUCGCCGCCGGGAAUACCCUGCAGAGCUUCCGCGAUCACGGCUUCCUCUCAGAGAAGCUGUACACCGCCAGCCCCGGCCUCGUGAAUGGGCUCCAGGCUCGGACCUUCGGCGUCUGGACCCUGUUGUCAUCAGUGAUCCGCUGCCUCUGCGCAAUCGACAUCCGUAACAGGACCCUCUAUCACAUCACACUCUUUACCUUCUUUUUGGCCCUUGCUCACUUCCUCUCUGAGGUCUUCAUAUACCACACUGCAGCCUUGACAAUUGGAGUUAUGGCACCCCUUAUGGUAGCAAGUUUCUCUAUUAUGGGGAUGUUGAUUGGGCUGCAGUACCUGGAAGUAGAAGCGCUAUCACAAAACAAGAAGAAAAACUGAAGUUGAGGGCACUUUGUAGGUUGGUGUCAUCUGCUACCUUCACUGCCAGACUUCCACAAGAGCUCAGCUGAACUCCAGGACAACAAUCCCACUGGUGGGUCAAUGUUGGACUGUCAAUCACUGUCAUUAUCAAGUUGUUUUUGUCUUGUCCAGGCAACGUUUCAACUGACUGAUGUCAAAGACCCAGAGAAGUUUGUGUCAAAGAUUAUGCAAGGCAGUUGGUGACUGACUCCCUGGGUAGCAGGCGAAGUCUCUGGCAUGCCCAGAACACUAAGGAUUGCUCUCCCACUGUACUUUUACAGUGUACUGGACAGAACUGUCCAGGAUUUGUUGAACACUUUGGACCAGAAAGAGAGAACAGGUGCUACCCCUAGCACUGCUGUGUAAUUUGCAUGUGUGUGUUUCCCAGGGACCGUUUCUAAUAAAUGACAAAAAACUGCA